AACGGGAGAAAGUAUCCGGUCGAGGGAGGAGAGAGCAGGUCGGCUGCGGGUCUGUUUCUGGAGCAGGACAGGAUAUUUCAGGCUGAAUCCAGCAGGUUGUUUUACCCCACUUUCUCAGCACUGAACGGAAGACAAUCAUUGACAGAGAAUCGAAAGGAAACCGAGUUUUAUUUCUUCCUCAAAAAGAUGGCCUCCAAUGACUCGCGGCUCCAGCAGCAGCCCUCUCAGAAGGAUGCGGCGGACCAGAACUUCGACUACAUGUUCAAGCUGCUGAUAAUCGGCAACAGCAGCGUGGGAAAAACCUCCUUCUUGUUCCGCUACGCCGACGACUCCUUCACCUCUGCCUUCGUCAGUACCGUGGGCAUCGACUUCAAGGUCAAGACCGUGUUCCGCAACGACAAGAGGAUCAAGCUGCAGAUCUGGGACACAGCGGGGCAGGAGCGUUACCGUACGAUCACCACAGCGUACUACAGAGGAGCGAUGGGCUUCCUGCUGAUGUACGACAUCACAAACCAGGACUCCUUCAACGCCGUGCAGGACUGGGCGACGCAGAUCAAGACGUACUCCUGGGACAACGCUCAGGUGAUUCUGGUCGGGAACAAGUGUGACCUGGAGGACGACAGGAUCGUACCGACAGAGGACAGCCAGAGACUCGCCGAGGAACUAGGGUUCCAGUUUUUCGAGGCCAGCGCGAAAGACAACAUCAACGUGAAGCAGGUGUUCGAGCGCCUGGUGGACGUGAUCUGUGAGAAGAUGAACGAGAGCAUGGAGGGAGACAUCAACCUGGUGACCAACCACAGGAACCAGGGGCUUAAAGACUCGCCUUCAGAGAGCCACGGGGGCUGCGCUUGUUAAAGCACCUUCCCCCUAACAGCUCCCCCAACACACACACACACACACAGACACACACACACACACACACACAUGAAGACCUACCUUCUCUGUGCCUCAAACAUGCAAAGUGCCGCACCUCUCCACGCCCUGCUUUGUCUACACAGCGCAGCAAGAACCAAAGGAUAGCUAUCUGAGAUACUCUUCAAAAAGAAGUCCUGUCUCAGUGUUUUACCUGAAAGGGGCCUGCUUUCUGCCUCCAAACCAUCAGCGCUUUGGUGAGCUGAUACGCACUACCUUCACUGUCCACCCCACUUACCAACCUCCUUGACCACUAUCCUACAUAAGCAUUUUUGAAUUGUCUUUUUUUAUGGAGACAGAUAUCAGUCCAGCUAGUGAUGCCAAAUAGCGUAUGUAAAUGUAGCUACUUUGGGCCUUCAUUGUUUAGUAGGAGAUUCUUUCAGCACGAGCCUGUGCUUAGCUUUCAGUUUUGUACAGCCUUCUUAAAAGGUGUGUCCGUGUGCUAAAUAUGAAGCUAGCAGCUUGUUAGAGAAACUUAGCAUAAAGACUGGAAAUUAUUAGCAAGGCUUUGUCCACACUGGCAGCACAAAAGCAAUCUGAGAUAAUCUUCAUCAGCCUUUAAGAGGCCCACUUUCUGCCUCUGUUUUCAAACUCUGUGGUGAGCUGAUAGUCACUAAAGCCUUCACUGUCCAGCCCCCAAAACCAAACGCCUUGACCACCGCUGCUACGUUAGCAUUUUUGAUGUGCUGUUGCUAAGUGGCUUUAUGUCAAAUAUCAGUGCAGCAAGAAGCUAGUGAUGCCAAAUAGUGUGCCUGUGAAUGGCUGUACUUUGAGCAUUCAUUGUUAAGUUGGAGAUUCAUGUCCUCAGGUUUUAGUUUGGUAAAGCCACUAGAAAUGAUGAUUGUCUCAAACAUGGACAUAUUGAACUUUGUAAGGCUGAAAGGAACACUUUGAGGAUAAGGACAAAAUGCCCUUUGCUAUCUUGUCGGGAGUAAAUGUGAAGAAUGAUACCACACUCAAAUCUGUUAGCAAAAGCGGGAGCUACAACCAGCAGCUUGUUAGCCUAGCUUAGCAUGAAGCCUGGAAGCCGCUAGCAAGGCUUUCUCCUUCUCCUUCUCCUUCUCCUUCUCUUUCUCCUUCUUCUUCUUCGGGUUUAAUGGCGGAUCGCAACCAACUUUAAGGUGCAUACCGCCACCUGUUGUACAAGAGUGUGUAACAUCAUGUCAUUUACCCUUUCUUAAAUUCUACUCACCAGCCUUGUGUCAUUUAAAAAAGUAAAGAGAGCCUUCCUGGUGACUCUUACCCACCUCUCCCUCUGUUCCCAGUAUCCCCAUUAAAUCCCACUCCCUCCUCGCCUGUUGGACUUCAUCAUGUAACCUUUCUCUUUCUACUGCAUACAGGGCACAAUGAAAUAUGAUAUGUUCAACGUGUUCUUUCACUCCACAGUUCCCACACUUGUCACUAUUCCUUUUCCCCAGUUAAGGCUUUCUCUUACGAUCACAACAACAAUUUAAUUAACAAAUUAAAUAUCUUAAAUUAUAAGGUUUAGCUGCUAAGUGUACUGGGCUCCCAAAUGAAAGAGCAAGGCUCAGUAAUUGUUUUGGUACCUUUAGUUGGAGCGAGGUUAGCUGUUUAGUUUUUCCAGUGUUUAUGCUAGGCUAAGCUAACAAGCUGCUGGCUCUAGCUGCACAUAAAGGUGUGUAAGGAGUGGUAUCAAUUUUUAAAAUCAACCAGAUUCUGUUAUGUUGAGUACAUUCAAGCAUGUAUUUAUAAAAGAGACAUUACAUUACAUCUAUGGCUAGCCUCUCCUACCGUAUAGGAUGUCUCAGAAUCACUUAUUAUGAAGUUUAAGCAUCAAGUCAAGAUGUAAAAGAAAGCCGACACAACGUCCUUAUGAUCCUAAUCUUGUCCUGAAUCUUAAGGCCAGUCUUGGUGCAUGUUAGAGGCACUUGAAUCUUUCUAUUGUGCCAACGAGACGCCGUGUGUCGAUGUUAAUCCUGAUCUUUUAUCUCUGCUCUCCGUGUGCUUGUGUGAGGAAGUCUUUCAUCACCGGUGGCACUUGCAUGCCAUUUUGUAUAUUGUAUGUAUCUGCUUACCACAUUGUGCUGAUUUUUGAUUAACGCCUUUUCUCACACACGGAUGCUUUCGCCCUGAUACACACCCGCCCACGCGCGCACACACACUUCUCCUAUCUGCAGCACGGCAAAAACCGUCGGUAUGGCAAACCUACUACGAGGCUUAAUAACUGAGUAUUGACAAAGUGGUGUGUUGUCUUUUCUGUUCGUCUUGUGCUAAAAUAAUGACUGGAAAUGAGACACCGAGUGUUUCUGUUCUCACAAAGAAGAACACUGAUCUCAGAUAAAGGGUUUUUGUGGGCCUCAAAUGUUCUGUAUGCACAUGUGCGGCCCACAGCUGGUGCAGAAUUGUAUUUAAGAGAACCUGCGUCACUUUAAAUGCCAUGAGCUGUAAUAUCUCAUUGAAGUGAAUGAGGUUAGGUUGUAUCUUGUUUCCUAAUUGUAUUAUGUGUCAGGUAAACUGUGCAUGAUUAGGUUUGUUCUUUCUUUACCCCCUUAUGGACAUUUCAGUAUUGACAAUCAUCAUCUGGUGCAGAACAUCUGAUACAUAGUUGAUUUUUGAAUUGAAUUACAGGAAACUUGAAAAAAGAAAUUUGGAUGUUUUGCUAUUAUUUUCUGUUAAAAGGAAUACUUCACCCACAAAAGGAUCGUUUGUAUUUAAAUGACUCCCCCAUGUCACCUUUAAUUCAUGAUAAUUAAAGUCAAUGGGGGGCUGAAUACAACAGCAACAAAACUAUAUUACACUUCUGUUCAAAAAGUCUCUCACAACUAUUUCAGAAGUCUCAUGUUUGCUAAAUACUUCCCAAACACAUGCACGUUUACUUACCUACCUUUAAUAUUCAAAACAAUCUGGAAGAGUAGUGUGCAAGUGCGAGACUAUUUAUGGGAAGGUGUUGUAAAUAGUGUGGGUUUUUUUGGGGGGGGGGUUCAGGUUUGCAAAUUAAGAUUUGUUUUGCAGCUAUUAAAACACCUAACUUCAACCACUAAGAACUUUCACUGUUUUUUGGAUUCUUCUUUCACUGUUCAGACUUUUCUUCAAGAAUUCAAAGUAACUCGUGGUAUUUGGGUAUACAAAUAAUAUGUAUACUUUCAUGUACGUUGCCAUUUGACCAUCCUUGUCCACGUGUGUCCAGUGUGCGUUGCUGAACAGUAGAACAGUUGAUAUUAUCCUCUCAUCCGCACCACGUUCAGCUUUAAUGCAGUGCGUGCAACUAUACUAACACUACAUUUGUAUUUCUACCAUUUUGCAAUGUGUUUAAAUGCAUAAGAAAGCUGUGACAGUUCCACCAAAGGAGCUUUCAAUGGUGGCUGCUGAAUGUGCUAAACUGUCCUCUGAUACUGACCUUCUAACCACUCUGCCAUGUUGAAAAUCUACUGAUGCUUUUGUACAAAUAGUCUGAGGUGUAAUCCUUCUUUCUUUCUCAUGUUUGUGAUCUAUUUUCACGUGUGGCGUCCCUGAUUGGCUGCUUUCACAUCCUUAAAUCCCUUUUUCUGUAGACUCUGAAUGUGUUGGAUGGAUUGCGCAAGACAUCUUCUAAACCAGAAUAAAUUGUUGAAAUGUGUAUAAGAAAAUAAAGAAUAUAUUCAUUACAAAA